CCUUUCAGUGUUGGCACCCAGAAACCAGCCCUGGAUCUAGCCAGAGACCCUGGAUUGUGGCAUUUCUUUAGCUGCUCCCCCGAGGGAAAAAGGGCUCCUUGCUACCUGCAGGUCUAGCUUCUGACCUUAGGAGUGCCCGGCUUGGGCCUCCCCAGGGCUUGCAAGUCUGGGGGGCUGCAAAUUUUUAACUAGAUGUGUUGAUCAUUAACAGGAGAGAAAAAGGAGUUCAAACUCAGCCUCACUUGGGGACAUAGGCCAGCGAGGCUCCAGGCUGCCUGAGAGAUGCUGGGUCCCAGAGUAUGGGCCACUGUGAGGCAGGGGCUGAGCAGGGGCUUGUCUAGGAAUGUGAGGGGCUGGGCCUCAGGGCAGGGGAAGAAGGUGGACAUCGCAGGCAUCUACCCUCCUGUGACCACCCCCUUCACUGCCAACGCAGAGGUGGACUAUGGGAAGUUGGAGGAGAACCUGCACAAACUGGGUACCUUGCCCUUCCGAGGCUUUGUGGUCCAAGGCUCCACUGGCGAGUUCCCCUUACUGACCAGCAGCGAGCGUCUGGAGGUGGUGAGCCGAGUGCGCCAGAUCAUGCCCAAGGACAAGCUCCUGUUAGCAGGCUCCGGCUGCGAGUCCACUCAAGCCACUGUGGAGAUGACGGUCAGCAUGGCGCAGGUUGGGGCUGACGCUGUCCUGGUGGUGACCCCUUGCUACUAUCGUGGCCGCAUGGACAGCGCUGCCCUCAUUCACCACUACACCAAGGUUGCUGAUCUCUCUCCAAUCCCCGUGCUGCUGUACAACGUCCCAGCCAACACAGGGUUGGAUCUGCCUGUGGAUGCAGUGGUCACGCUUUCUCAGCACCCAAAUAUCGUGGGCAUGAAGGAGAGUGGUGGUGAUGUGACUAAAAUUGCGCUGAUUGUUCACAAGACCAGGCAUCGGGAUUUCCAGGUGCUGGCUGGAUCUGUUGGCUUCUUGAUGGCCAGCUAUGCCGUGGGUGACCCGGCGCUUCGGAAUCCCAGGGCUGAAGAAAACCAUGGACUGGUUUGGCUACUAUGGAGGCCCCUGCCGCGCCCCACUGCAGGGGCUGAGCCCUGCCGACGAGGAGGCGCUGCGUGUGGAUUUCAGCAGCAAUGGCUGGCUCUGAAGAUGCUGACCCUACAGACCUGCAGGCGGCUGGGAAGGAGCAAUCUCCUAUUUGCCUCCACGUUGUGGACACUUUCCUGUAUCCCAAGGCCCACAAACUUGAGACCUGAGGAAAAGAGGAGAGGGGCAACGGGUGGCAGGGAAUUGAAUACCGUGGGGAUGAUUACUUCGACUUGGAGCUACAGGCCUGCGUCCAGCACCAUGCAGCUGGAAGUCAGGGCUAGUCCCAAACACACACGUUCGGACUCAUUCCAGAGAAUGUAGCAGCUUAGGAAAUCUGACCAGGAAAGUGUUGCUGGUCUUUGGAAGGCCCCAAAUUGUGUGCCAGCCACGCUGCCCUUUCCUAACUCCGUCUCCAUUCAGUCUUGUUAGCUUUGAUUCUCACCGUCAACCU